GGGGGGGGGGGGAAAGGUGCUACGGAAAGGCCACAUUUCAGCCUCCGCUCCCACCACUAGGUCGCUCUGCCCGCUCUGCCCGCUCUGCCCGCCAGAGGGCGCGCCUUCUCCCUCCUCCUCCUCCUCCUCCUCCCCCCCUCCUCCGGCGGGGCGACUCCUUCGGAAGGGAUCCCGAGAGAUCCGGCGGGUUCGCCCGGGCUGGCGUUUGGUCUUUCGCAGCCGGAGGAGCUGAAGGGGAGGGGAUCCCGGGGAGCGUCUGGAUGGCCUCGCCGAAGAGAAAAGCAGCAGCCCGCGGCCAGGGCUCCACGGGGGACCACGGAGCCGAAGCGAAGGAAGAAGGGGAGGAACUCCGGCUGAUCCUGGUCGGGAAGUCCGGAGGCGGGAAAAGCGCCACGGGCAACACCAUCCUCGGCCAGAGGGAGUUCGUGUCCGUCCUGGCAGCGAAGACCACCACCCAGAAGUGCCAAAGGGGGCAGGGAACCUGGGACAACAAGAAGAUCUCCGUGAUCGACACGCCGGCCUUUUUCGAUUCCGAAAAGAUGGAUCCGUCCCUGAAGGAGGAGAUGAAAAAAUGCCGCCGGAUGUGCCAGUCGGGCCUCCACGCCUUCGUUUUGGUGACCCAGGUGGGGCGCUUCACCAAGGAAGACAAGGCCGCCGCAAAGCGAGUCCAGAAGAUCUUUGGGGAAACGUCCGUCCGUCACACGGUCGUCCUCUUCACCUGCAAGGAGGACCUGGGUGGGGACUCCCUGCAGGAGUACGUCAAAAAAUCCGACAACCCGAAACUGCAUAAGCUGAUUAAGAAGUGCGGCGAUCGCUUUUGUGGGUUUAACAACGGGGCCGAAGGAACCGAGCGGGACGACCAGGUCACAGAGCUGAUGAAAAAGAUCCAGAAGAUGGUCGAGGAGAACGGAGGGCGGCCCUAUUGUAUCCCAUCAGAAAAACCAAAACUUUCUUCCAAAAUCCCUGGUUUUCCCAAGAAGAAGAGCCAUCAGUAAACACUGAGAUAUAACGUCUGGGGGGGGGGGCUAAUUUCUUUCUCGGCUUUUUUCAAUCACCCCUCUCCAGUUCUCUCGUGAUUCGUGGUAAUGCAUUAAUUGUGCCUUUUCCAAUGUCGACGGAGGGGUGAGAUUCGAACCUCCGCGAGUCCCCGUCCUUUGGGAUGACAACCAGCAAUUCGAGCCGGUUUCCCCCCCCCCACGCCAAACUCAGACACAAAGUUUUUGUCAGAUUAUGCUUUUCUCUGCGUAUGUGUUCCCGUUUGGGGGCCUGCUAGCCUGCUGGGAGGGGGGGGGAAUCUGCUUUCGCUUAUGAUAACUUUCGCUUUCUACUUUCCCUCCCCCGCGUCUCUCCGCUUGAGAGAAGAAGGCACCUCCCUUAUCAGGGAGACGGUUGCGGGAGAAACGAAAGCUGGAGGACACCUCGAGGCGCGCGCCAACUCGUGCCAGUUACCCGCAACAUCGUGGCCACCCGGAGAUUGGCUGGAUUUCAAACGGACAUUGCGACUUUGGUGGGCGGAGCAAGAUUGCUGGUUUGACCGUGCCGAUUUGAACGGGAUUUUCCCCAGAUCUCGCCUUGACUUCCCUGCUGUCACUAACCCCCUAAUAAAAAGUAUCCUUUUGUGACGAGGCCUGU